CCAGGCUCUCAGAGACUUCCCCUCCACUUCCCGCACCUCUGCCUGGAGAAGCAGGCUCCGUAGGGAUGGCUCAGGAGGAGGCCGGGAGGCUGCCCCAAGUACUGGCCCGGGUGGGGACCUCCCACGGUAUCACCGACCUGGCCUGCAAGCUCCGCUUCUAUGACGACUGGGCUCCGGAGUAUGACCAGGAUGUGGCUGCUUUGAAGUAUCGAGCCCCACGCCUUGCUGUGGAUUGUCUCAGUCAAGCCCUUCAGGGCCCACCCCAUGAUGCCCUGAUCCUGGAUGUGGCCUGUGGCACUGGCCUGGUAGCUGUGGAGCUACAGGCUCGGGGCUUCCUUCAGGUGCAGGGGGUGGACGGAAGCCCAGAAAUGCUGAAGCAGGCCCGAGCCCGUGGCCUGUACCACCACCUUAGCCUCUGUACCCUGGGCCAGGAGCCGCUGCCCUACCCUAAAGGUGGACUUGUUUGUCUGACUACCAGGACCAACCCUUCCAACCUUCCAUACAAGGAGGCGCUGGAAGCCGCCUUAGACUCCCUGGAGCAGGCUGGAGCGUGGGAACGCCUGGUGACCCAGCCUGUGGACCACUGGGAGCUAGCAACUUCAGAACAAGAGUCAGGGCUGGCCACCUGUGCCAACGAUGGCUUCAUCUCUGGCGUCAUCUACCUUUACCGAAAGCAGGAGACAGCCCAGGGUGAGAGAGGGAGGCUCAGUAUCCAGCCCCUAAUUGACCACUGAUCCUCUAUGUAUGGUCUUAGCCCAGUGUGUUUUCUUGGCCUUCCUUGCUCUGUCUGUAAAAUGGGUCCAUCUUCCCAACCAUGUUAGGUACACCCCAAAGGGACUGAAAGGACUCCUCUAGUUUCAAGACCACAAGACUGGAGCGGUCAUUAACAGUGUUUGCUCCUCAAAGCAUGAGAAACUGAGAUACCUGGCAUCUUCAGCAUCCAAAAUCAACUUCACAUGUUACAAGCA